CUUAGAAAUUAAUCGCAAUUUAAAUAAGUAAAAACUUAAAAAAAAAGUACAUUAGUUAUUCAUAUAAAGUGUAAAACGUGGAUUAAGGAUUAAAACUUAAAAGUUAAAAAUCAAUUGUUAUAUACAUACAAAAAGUAUAUUUUGAUACUAGCAACUCUAUUAAUUUACAUCUGUCAGAAAAUAACCGUCAGCCGUCUCAAAACAUCAACCACCUGCUGGAUGCCGUGUUUCGUUUUAUAUCGAAUCAUUGUUUUAUACAUAACGAAAAUUAUAAAUGAAAGUUACUUUGGAGUGAAUUGUUUUUACAUUUUUAGUAAAAUUAAGAUAUUGUCGCUAUAAGUUUUCGAUAUUAUUGCGGAAAUAUCAACCACGACUUAUUAAUGGUGUACAAUGGAUGCAGUGGAUAACAAUCAAUUCGAAGUGAAAUCAAGUAAGCGAAAGAUUCAAAGUGGACCAAACGUUUACUUGAACCCUGCUCUCGACUUACUCGCGAACGAAGACCCCAUGUGCAACACAGCCAUGGAAAUAACCCCGAACAAGAGACGCAAAACAACAAAGAGCGAGAUUGCGGCUUUUGAAAACACUGCUCUAGAUCUAGGUAUUAGUAAGGCAGCGGUCAACGAAUUUCUACAGAGAGAACUUAAUAAUGUACGCAAGAAUGUCAAACAUUACGAGACUCCUAUCAAAUUAACAGAAAAUCCAACUAUUUCUAAUCCAGAACCCAUUUAUGCCAAUCUCUCUGAAUUGUCCAAUGAACGAAAUAAUUUUUACAAGCAUGAUAAAGAAGCUAUACCAGAUAGUAUCGAUGACACAAAUCUGAAUACAAUAGAAGAUGAAAUUGAGAUGGAUUCUGGAAUUUCAGAAUUCGACAGCAAAUUUAACACAGUCACAAAUAGCGAGCUGGUUAAUAAUGAUAUUUCCGCUAUAAGUAAUACGACAAACAUUCAGACAAAUAUAACAAAUCAAAUAUUCGUUAAUAAUACCAGUAAUUUAAGUUUCAUCGAUAGACUGGCACUUGAUUCACCUGCAACAUCGAAUCAAUCACUUUAUCUAGAUGAUGAUUUAAACGAAAGUAAUAUUAUGGAGAUUAAAACAAUAACUAUCAUUACAAAAAAGAAAUUAAUACCGAAUAAAAAGAACACAAAUCCUUUCUUAGACCCGAAUUUAAAUGUAGACGAUGUGUCCAGUGAAAAUCCGUUUCUGGACGAUAAACCACAACCCGCAAUAGAAUAUAACGUAGAAACUGUAAACACAUUUGAUAGUAAUGUUCCCAAUAAUUUGAUACCAAGGAAAUUAUUCGCAAGUGACACUAACAGUACGAUAUCAACUGUGAAUGAAUCGUCUCUUAACGCUGAAAAUCAUGAAUAUGAAAAUAUAGAUAGUUAUAGAUCUGAAAGUCCCGUAUAUGAGAAUAUCGGUGAUGAUAUAUCAGACAUGUGUUAUAAUAAACAAAGCAAAAUUCUUGGCUACGAUGUCUCCCAAUUUAGUGCAGUUGAUAUCAUGAAUUUAAACAAAAAGAAUACAACUAACGAAUCAAAUGAAUCAAACGAAAGUAAAAAAGAUUUUAAACAUAUACUUAAAGCGAGUAAUAAACUAUCGAAAAAAGUAUUCAAAACUCUAAAGAAGAAGUUAAAAGGAGAUAAGGUUGAACAGAAUACAACCUUGAAUCCAUAUGAAGUUCCACGAAAACUUCCCAAACAGAAAUCAGAUAAAAAGGACUCGGGGAUAGAAAACCCUGCACUAAAGCUAGAUAAUUCUGAUGAAAUAGAAAUAGAGGAAAUAGAAAAUGAAAACGAAUAUGAAACAAUAAAAACAAUUGAGAAUACAAGACUAAAUACAAAUGUAACUCCGUUGAAAGAAAGAGUUGUAGAUAGCUUUGACCUCUCGCAUAACAAGACUUACACACCCGGUAAGAAAGUUAGAUUUGAUGCAACACUAAAUAGAGAGAAAAUUAUCACUGGGAACAGUUUUAAUAGUGAAAUCCAAAGUCCAGGGUUCGAUUCUAAGGUUGAAAAGUAUCAUGACGAACUUGAAAAUUGUAUUAAUGAAAGAAAAUUCCUUCAGCAGAAUAUGUAAUAUAUUUUGCAACUUUGAGUACUUAAUUAUAAUGAAUUAAACACUUAAUUAUAAUUAAUUAAAAAGCUAAAAAGGCUCUAUAUUAUUAUUGUUAUAGUUUAGUUAUACUUUUUACAUAAUGGAAAAAAGUUAAUAUCGCCUGAAGUAAGUUUCUCUAAUUUAUUAAUACCAAUCUACUCUAUAAAAACAAAACAGUUAAUACUUUAUUUUCUUUCGUUUAAAAUGCACUGAUAUUUUCUAAUUAUCUGUACUAGUGUUCACACAGUAGUCGAAAUUCGAGUGUUAUUACGUUUCGAACAAUUUAAAUUUUUUCCACUUUUUUUUUUAGUGGUAACACUAAAGUACUUUAUUAACUACCAAUCAAAACAAAAGUCGACUGGCAAACUGAGGAGAUAGAUAAUUAACUGUAUUGUAAUUGCCUAUAUAUGUAGAUAAUAAUUCGAUGAAUUAAUUGCUUGAUGCAAAUUAUGAAUUAAUACUUGUCGCACUACGAACGAAAUAAAACGAAUGAGCCAACUUGGUUACCUUGGUGUGCAUGACAACUACUCU